CCAGACUUAGGAGAUGGACCCCACAUUGGCCCUAACCAUGCUGAACCAGAACAUAACCCACAGCAAGAAAUGCUGGAGGUCAUUGAGCAAGAUGACAGACUUAACGCUGGAAUGGCUCUCUGGCUGCAGUUUGUCGUCAUUAAUGGACUUGAGGAUGAAGCCAUUGCUUUACUAAGGCAAAUUAGAGAUGAACGGGAGGGCAACAAUAUUGUCAACAAUAUUGACAAUAAUGAUGAUGAAGAUGGUCCACAAUUUGAAGAUGCUCCUGCUGAGCCUCAAGUUGACAUGGAAGUCAAUAUUGUCAACAAUUUUGACAAUGAUGAUUAUGACAAUGAGGAACGAGCUGAAGAAGAUGAAGAUGGUCAACAACUUGAAGAUGCUCCUGCUGAGCCUCGAGUUGACUUGGAAGUCAACCAUCCAGCUGAAGCAGAAGAUCCCCUGCCUGGAGGAUCCCAGAGGAAUGAGCUGCCUGAUGCCAUCUUGGCUGAGGAAGAAGCACCCUCCACCAGCUCAGUGUGUGGAGGAUCAAGGAGGAGGUCAAGAGAGGAAGAUGAAGAAGACAAGAUGAGCAGGAAACAAUUCAGGCGCUGCAAUGAAAUGUGUGAUGCCGUCUCAGACAGUGACACUGACAGCGACAGCGCCAGCGACAGUGGCAGCGACAGCGACAGUGACAGCGACAGUCACAGUGACAGUGACAGCCACAGUCACAGUGACAGCGAGGAUGAAGAACCACAAACCAAGCCAGCCAACAUUAUAGCUCAGCUAAGGAAGAUAUCGUCACGAGCACAAGGUUUUUGA